AGCUGUUUCCGUAUUAGAGGGAAAGGGAAAAUAAGCAGUAAAUCCAUUGAAUGGGAGCAGGCCAGGCACCGUCCAAACCCAGCUUCUCCGCCGCCUGGCAACGCAGCCCACAUUGUAGAAUGUCUGAGUCGAAGAUUGAUCCCUGAAACAGUUCGUCGGUGGUGGAUGGCUAAGACAGAUCCUCCGAGCACCCGUGCCUUUUGAUUCAGCUCCCGGUGUCAGGAUGGGUCGACUGGAUGGCAAGGUCAUCGUCCUGACGGCUGCUGCUCAGGGCAUCGGCCGGGCAGCCGCCUUGGUCUUUGCAAGAGAAGGUGCCCGAGUCAUAGCUACAGACAUCAAUGCGGCCAAACUUCAGGAACUGGAGGGUCAUCCAGGUAUUCAGACCCGGGUACUUGAUGUUACGAAGAAGAAACAAAUCGAUCAGUUCGCCAGUGAAAUUGAGAGACUCGACGUUCUCUUUAACGUUGCUGGCUUUGUCCACCAUGGAACCAUCCUGGACUGCGAGGACCAAGACUGGGACUUCUCCAUGAAUCUGAAUGUCCGCAGCAUGUACCUGAUGAUCAGGGCAUUCCUUCCGAAAAUGCUCGCUCAGAAAUCGGGCAACAUUAUCAACAUGUCCUCCGUGGCUUCCAGCAUUAAAGGCGUCGUGAACAGGUGUGUGUACAGCACGUCCAAGGCUGCCGUGAUCGGCCUCACAAAGUCCGUGGCUGCAGACUUCAUCCAGCAGGGCAUCAGGUGCAACUGUGUGUGUCCAGGAACGGUUGAUACCCCAUCUCUGCAAGAGAGAAUACAAGCCCGACCAAAUCCUGAAGAGGCGCUGAGCGAUUUCCUGAAGAGACAGAAGACGGGGAGAUUUGCGACCGCGGAAGAAGUGGCCCAGCUCUGCGUGUAUUUGGCUUCGGAUGAAUCUGCCUACGUCACCGGAAACCCUGUCAUCAUUGAUGGAGGAUGGAGCUUGUGAUUCCAGGAUCUUCUUGCAGGGAAAGAAGGCAGGCCCUUCCUGUCCACAGCCAGUCUGGAUACAAAGACAAUGCGACAGUGAUCACUUUUCUAUUAAUAGCAUAUUAAUGAAAACAGCUAUCAUUGUUUACCAGAGUUCGAUACUUCAAAUAUAUUUUGUCUAAUUGCUUGUGAAAUUAUUGUAGGAAGUUGAAAUCAAAUGUAACAAACGCACUGAAAGAGCAUCAUUUUAAAAGUAGAUCUCAAAAAAAAAGUAGAUCUGAAUUUGUAAACAAAAUUAAAGUGGGAAUUUGUAGGACACUUUUAAAGGUAUUAAUUUCAAUUUUGUUCUCUAGUAUUCAAGUACUUUGUAGAAUUCUGUAGUCUGUCUAUUAUGGAUCCUAAUGUAAAAUUUUACGUCAACAUAAAUAAAAUACCAAAGGGAGCAAUUUGAGUUCAAUAGCUUACAGUAAGUGAGGUUUUGAUUUAGAAACACAUUGCUGAUCUGCUAUGUAAAAGAAAGGUCAUCAAGGAACCUAAUGUAAAACUUUACAUUAUGGCCUCAGGGCCAUGGUCUCCUGCAUCUGGAUGGUCUGUCUUUGUCUUGGCUUUGUCCUCUUGAAGACUCAAUAAAAUAGUCCUUAUAAAAAAUUAAAAAGUAUACUGACUGAGAGAUGUCAUCACUUACAGGUUAGUACUAUAUUCUUAGUCUAAUUAAACAAUCCUUGUGAAAUAGCCAAUGAUAUCUGACAUGUAUCUAAAAAGCAGGUAGUUAGUUAGUGGCUAUGAUCAUGAAGGUCAGUAGUUCCAAACCACCAGCUGCCCCUCAAGAGGAAGAAUAGGGUUUCUACUCGGAAAUGUAUGGGCAGUUCUGCCGUCCUGUUGGGUCUCUGAGUCAGCAUCAACUAGAUGACAGCAAGUUUGGUUUCGGAAGCCAGCUGCAAUGUUCUCAGUUUAAAGAUAUUUCAUAGGUUAAAUUGAGAUUUCUUAACCAAAUUCCAGGAUAACAGACUAGAGGAUGUGAAAUUUGGAAACAGUAGAUAUAUUUGAUAAUCUUUUAUAGUAGAUAAAUUUGGAAAUAAUAGAUUAAAAAAAUAGAGGUCAGUCAUAUAACAGGAAGGAAACACAUGGAACUCAUUCUUAGAAUUAUACAAUCAAUAAAAUUUUCAAGAAAUCGCUUAAAUAAAUUCAUAGACAUUUGGAGGGAAAAAUGUUUUCAGUUUUAGUUUGUGAUGCUUGUGUUUGGUUUAUUUGUCCCUACCUGAAAAGGUCAAAUAGUAACAUACACAUAAAGUACAAAUACUUAAUGAGAGAACAGUGCUUUUUAGUCUUUCCUUCUAGAACAGUAGUUAAUAUUGGCAAAGAAAUUUUUGAAGUGGAAGAUGAAACAGCAUUUGAGGUGAAAGAAUAUUAUGCAAUUGAUAAAAUUGAUUUAUAAUUUACAACAGAAGAUAGUUUAACUGGAAUUCCCGGAGAUAUCAUUGAUUACAAUCCUUGCUUUGGGGUUCUGGACCCAAUAUCCCACUACAAAAUUAUAAGUAGUUUAUUUUGUGAAGUAGUUCUAGUUUGUGAAAUUAGAGAGUUGAAUUUCUUCUGGUAUAUCAUAAUAAAAAUGAAUGUAUGGAAUCUGAA